AUGGUACCAGGUUUGGUAGUUUAAUUUUGAUAUUAACAUUGUUUUCAAUUUAGAAUCAAAUUCCCUGAAAUGCUACCAAUGCAACGGAUGGCACGGCGAAUAUCCCCUAAGGUAAAAAAAUAUCUAUGUUGAUUUUAAAAUCAAAUCGCGGGUGGGAGCAGAGCUCAGCAAACCGUAGGUUUGCUUGUCAGAACUGUAUAUUCAUUUAGAUAUUCAACUGCAGCGACGUGCGACAACCGAAACAACCAAUGCGAGACGACUCAAGUGAAUUUUUUUCUGUAAACUUCUUUUAAAACAUUUUUUUUUAGUACUGUGUAAAAAUAAUCGACCCAAUGUCACCAGGGAUUAAUUAUGUCACUUAUAAAAGUGACUGUUUUUAUCAAACUCAAAUACAAGUGAACCCAACCAAUCUCAGUUAUGUACAAGGAAAAAUCUGUUUUCCAUACCAAGAUGGAUCAGCUCCAGUGAAAAGGUGAAAAAUGCCAUAUUAACAUUUGACUCUUCAAUAAAAAAAAAUUAAUUAAAGGUGGUAUUACUGCUUCUGUAAUGAUCGAGAUUACUGUAACUCGGCCUUUGGAUACUCGAUUGCUUCACUUACUUUCACAAUCUUUAUUAAUUUGUUCUCAACUUACUGA